CCAGCCCCCCGACUCCACCACCAUCCACGGCCGGCGCGUCCCACCCCCUCCAACCGUCGGCCGGACCUCCUCUCUCACCUUCUCCCUGCCAGAUCGGGCCGCCCGGCCUCCCUCGCCACUGGAUCGGGCCGUUCCCGGCCUCCCUCGCCGCCGGAUCGGGCUACCCCUUGCCACCAUCAGCCGCGCGCGCCGCCGUCCACACGGACCUCCCCGCCACCGCCGCUCCAUUCACCACCACCCGAGGCGUCCCGACUACCUCCAACCACGGCCUCGGCCCUGCCUCACCGACCUCCGCCAGUCCCGCGCCGGUGCUCUCGGAUCCACACCUUCCUGCCCCUGGCUCUGCCGGAUCCACACGCCCCACCACCUUCCACCAUGGCAACGCCGCCGGGGCCAGUGUCUUCCUCUCCCUCUCCGGCAGGGCGGCCCCAUCGAGCAACUCCCCCCUCCGCGGGUUGCUAUCGCCGGCCUGCACCUGACCACGCGUCGGCCACCUCCCAUUGGAGCUAUGGCCACCGGCGCUGCUGUUUCUCACCUGGGUUUGACAGGAACCAACCCCCGAUCCCCGUCAACGCUUGCAUCGGGCGCUCUACCAUCGCUGGAUCCGGGCAUCUCCAUCCCCGUUGCAUGGACGACGGCAUCCACGACCCUUCCCUCGGCCAUCUGGAGAAGUCUGAUAACUCGAUGCAUUCCGCCACGGGUAGGCGUCCGCAGCACGUCGCCGGCGCUAGGUGCUAGCCACAUCGGCUCGCGUGGUUGCAGUACUCUCCCCGCUUGCUGCAGUCUGCAUGGUGAGCCUCCCGCAGCACAUCGCAACACUGUGUGUCGUCCACCCCCCUGCGUCGACUACGAAGGUGGUGACAGUGGCAAUACAUCUCGCACGUACCCUCCAUGGUUUGCUUUAGAGAAGAGGUAUGAGGGUUAUUCCCCCUGUCCCUCCCAAUGGGAUCCAGCUCCUCCCUCGACUUCCCGGACGUCCGCCUCCAUGAGGAAGAAAAGAAGUACCACUGCAUGCAGUACAUCACUGCAACCAUCGCAGUGCGGGUCUCCUCCCCCGGAGUGAACUGCUCGCGCCAACCCCGCCGCCCCUCACUUCCCAUGAUCGACUUUGCAUCUUCCCAGGACUGCUGUUCGGCUCAGCGCCGCCGUGCAGUAUGCUCGUCACGGUUGUGUGGUUCGCUGGCGAUUCUGGACCAGAGAUGCCACGUACAUUCGAGGUUUAGAUGGCCCUGGAGUGCACCUCAGAUGUGCUGCAUGCAUGGUUCAGAUGGCCUUGGUUGUGCUUUUAUUUUUUCCGUUGUCCCUUGUUUUGUUGUUUUGAUUUGAGGAAUUUUGAUGUGUUUUGCAUCGCAAUGAACGACAGAAUUGCAGUACAGGGCAUAGUACGAAGGAAUUCACUUUGUAAAAAAAGUUGUACAAAGGAGAUCAUUUUUUAUUAUUUUGGAGGAAAUUUUUUCUUUGCAAAUUUGUAUGG